AUGUUGCCCUGGCUUCUUAUCUUCUCUGCUUUGGGUCUCCGUGUCUGGGGAGAUGUCCUGCAGUUGUCCUGGAAUGAAACCCAAGCCAGAGAUAUCUCAGAGAAGCUUCUAGACAUGUUAGUUGGUAUCUCACAGCUCACUCACAGGAACCACAAUAGCAUUCCCACCAUAAUCUCUCGCAAGGAGUGGGAGGCGAGACCACUCACCUGCACAGCCCUGCUGAGCCCACCUGUGGCCUACCUCAUCACGGAGCAGCUCAUGGGGAUGGAGUGCCAGGAACAGAACUCUUGCAGCCAGAAGCUGCGGGUGCUACAGUCUCAUUCUGUCCAUAACAAAGGCUGGUGUGAUAUGGCCUUCAACUUCCUGGUUGGGGAUGAUGGCAGGGUGUAUGAAGGUGUUGGCUGGCACGUCCAAGGUUUGCACACUCAAGGAUACAACAAUGUCUCCCUGGGCAUUGCCUUUUUUGGCAAUAAGAUAGGUAGCAGUCCAAGCCCUGCUGCCUUAGCUGCAGCAGAGGGUCUGGUCUUCUAUGCCAUACAGAUGGGUCACCUGUCACCCAGGUAUGUUCAGCCACUCCUCUUGAAAGAAAAGAACUGCUUGGCCCCUACAAAUCCAAAGACACCUAAGAAAGCUUGCCCCCACAUCACCCCACGAUCUACUUGGGAAGCCAGAGAGACACACUGCCCUCAGAUGCUUCUCCCAGCCAAAUACGUCAUCAUCAUCCACACUGCUGGGACAAGCUGCAAUGUGUCCACCGCCUGCCAGAUCAACAUCAGAAAUACCCAGUCUUUUCACAUGGACAAGCAAGGCUUUUGUGACAUUGGCUAUCACUUCUUGGUGGGCCAGGAUGGUGGAGUAUAUGAAGGAGUUGGCUGGCAUAUCCAAGGCUCUCACACCUAUGGAUACAAUGAUAUUGCUCUAGGAAUUGCCUUUAUGGGAAACUUUGUAGAAAAGCCUCCCAAUGCAGCAGCAUUGGAGGCAGCCCAGGACCUGAUCCAGUGUGCUGUGCUCCAGGGGUACUUAGCCCCCAACUACCUGCUGAUGGGCCACAGUGAUGUGGCCAAUACUCUGUCUCCUGGGAAGGCUUUGUAUGACAUCAUCAAGACAUGGCCUCACUUCAAACUCUGA